CAGAAGGUAAACAACUGCACUUCAUCUCUGAAAUCAAAAGUCAAAAGCCGCAAUGGCAUAUGUGGUACCACUGAGGGGUCUUAUCAUCUUCUUCUGUCUUCUUCAUCUGCAUGUUCGAGGCAUUCAGGGUGUGAACACUGUGUGCCUUCAAAAAAUGACCCAGUAUUUUUAUGACAAUGUCCAGCCAAAGCAAGGGAAAAAAAAUUUUCAGUAUGCACUUGCAAUCGCUGUCCACCAGGAUCAGUGUACAAAUGAAAAAUCUGAUAUCCAGAAUGAGUUCAACUUGGUAGAUGCUGCAAAUGUGAGAAAUCUUCUUAAUGGGAAAAUUAAAUGUGACCUCUGCACAUCAUCAAAAAAUGUUAUUGCUUCACGGCCAGUUCCAAUAAGUAAAACAAAAGAUGAACACGCUGAGCAUGUUCUGCUCUAUCCUGUAGGUACAUCUCUCAUGGACAAGCUUUUAAAUGAAAAAUCCAAUGCGGACUGUGUAGUGUUUUAUUCGUACAACUCACCUUGUGUGAAAACAUGCCUUCAGAGUGCCGACAGUAUUCUGGAAGGCCUUAGAAACUGGAUGAAUAUAAGAAAAGAAAAAAGUAAUGUUUUUGUCUUCCAAGAUGUCUGGCAGAAUGACAGGCGCAGCGUUCUCGAACAAGAAUUUAAAAACAUUAAUGCAAUAGUGCCUCUUUAUCGGUGUAUGAGAACCAACAAUGAGAUGAAGUGUCAGAAAUGUGUGGAGAAUAAUGUUGUGGUUUCCUUCUGUCUGCCUGAACAAAAUUCAGUCCUUUUCCUUUUCCAGGAAAUGUUUACAUCAACGUUCGAACUCUGGAGUGUCGUUAGUGAACUCUUUUUGCCCAUCACACUCAGUGGGCUAUGAAAUCAUAACACAUGCAAUCUGUGCCUAAAAAAAGUAUUUGAUCAUGUAUUCAUCCUGGUGUGUACUGUAUAAUGUAUGCAUUCUUUAUAAAAAAAAAAAAAAAAAAAAAAAAAAAACAAUUAA